GCGUCUCUGGUCCAGAGUCCGAGAGGAGCCUGUGGUCCAGCUGAAGGUCGGAGUUCUCAUAUCAGUUGGUCCGUUCAGGAAAACAAAGCGAAGCUUGGGGCAGCGGAGGAGCGGCGCUGACAACUUUCCGUCAUAUCUCUUAGCCUUGCAAGGAGUUUUUAGGCGUUCUUUCCUCUCUACUUUGUAGAACUUGGGCUUGAAGAAGAAGGAGACGCGGUGGGUUUUUUUUCUUCUCCCUGCGUCUCCGAUAAUGUCGGACCGCUAUUAAAGAUAAACUUCCCGACUUAUCCGCGUCCAUGCCGGACAGGAAACAUCUUCAAGUCUUUCUGUGUGGAUUUUGACCUUCGACUGUUGCGGAGCAAGAAUGCUUUACUUUUCACCGUAGCUCCAUGUAAAAGCUCUUUGUCGCUCAGCUCUUCACUGCUGCUGCCACUGGAUAUAAGGAGAGGAAGAGUUCCUGUACACUAACCUGGUGUAAAUGGAUCGACAUUCCAGUUUCAUUUCUAUUUGGCUACAACUAGAACUCUGUGCCAUGGCAGUUCUUCUUACUAAAGGAGAAAUAAGGUGUUACUGCGACGCCCCACACUGCGUAGCCACCGGAUACAUGUGUAAAUCAGAACUGAAUGCCUGUUUCACCAAGGUCCUCGACCCACUCAACAACAACUCACCGCUCACCCACGGGUGUUUAGACCCCAUCGCCAAUGCGGCGGACAUCUGCAGCAGCGGCAGCUCCAGGAGCUCUGACGUUCUCACUGGGGCCUUGUCCACAUCACUGGAGUGCUGCCACGACGACAUGUGUAACUACAGAGGUCUGCACGACCUGGCUCACACCAGGGACUCCACAGACGGCCGGUUCCCAUCUGAGGGCAACAACAGAAACCUGGUGACCCGUGUCCAGGAGCUGACCUCGGCCAAAGAAGUGUGGUUCAGGGCGGCGGUGAUCGCAGUGCCGAUAGCAGGCGGCCUCAUAUUGGUGCUGCUCAUCAUGCUGGCGCUGCGUAUGCUGCGCAGCGAGAACAAGCGGCUUCAGGACCAGCGGCAGCAGAUGCUGUCACGGCUUCACUACAGCUUCCACGGCCACCACACCAAAAAGGGCCACGUGGCCAAACUGGACCUGGAGUGCAUGGUGCCGGUCACCGGCCACGAGAACUGCUGUCUGUCCUGCGACAAGAUGAGGCAAGCCGAACUGAGCAAUGACAAGAUCCUGUCUCUGGUUCACUGGGGGAUGUACAGCGGCCACGGCAAACUGGAGUUCGUAUGACUUCCUGCUGGGAAAUAUGUGACCGUCACCUCCUCACAAUUAAGCGGGGCCGCCUCUUAUUCGCUGGCUUGCUUUUCUCCUUAAAAGACAUUCCCAAAUUUCUGUCCUUUGGACAGUUGGGUAUGUGUUUUCAUUUUUUAAAAAUGGAACAUUUUAACCAGUGGCAAAAAAAAAUACGAGACUGAUCUCAUGCCGUGUGGUUUUUGCUAGAGGAGCACUUUACUUGAAAAUGAAAGGCAAAGCAGUGAGAAGCUGUGUUUAGGUCGGAGACGGCCGCACUGAAGUGGAGACGAGGAGCUCCACCGCUGCGCCCGAGGAUCCUGGACUUUUUACACACUGAGCGCUGAAGGAUUCCAAAUCUGUCUUAUUUGCACAUUUGUAUAAAGAAAAGAAAAUGUCAUUCCUUAAAAAAAAGAAUCUUACACUGACAGCAGGGUACAAAAUGGACUUGUGUGAGGAGUAAAAAAA